AUGCGGGCGUGGAGGAACUGGACAUUGAAGAAUAGAACAAGCAGCUUCCAAUGUGUGACAGCAAACACGUACGCUUGUCUUGAGAUAAAUGCUCACAGCCUUGUGCUGGCAGCAAGAGACUGCCGCGAUCGUGGCCGACCCGAGGAAUUCUUAGUGAGGUGUUUCGGCAGUCAGGACGUCGAGGCGACAUUCCGGAAUCUUCGAUCGAUGACGACAAUGAACCAUACCCAGACGAACCUCACUUUCAAGGAAAUCGGCGAAAAGCUGCGGCGAGCUCACAUGCUGCAUCAAAUUCAGCACCGUAACCGUAUUAAGUUUCGAUUCCCUGGUCACACGGGUCCGACCAACGUGUCCGUGCUACCGACACUGCCGACGGAUGCUGAAAUAAAAGCCGCACUAACCAGUGCUGAGGGGAGGGCAUCUGAGGUCUUGGGCAAGCUUGGCCUCUUGCAGGCUGAACAAUCUUUCGAGUUUAGUGUACAUGCCCUCGGGGACCGGAACUGGGAAGACUUGAUCGUUUCCGAUAGUGAGUCUGACACGGAGGACCAUGAAGACCAUGAACCCGGUCAGGAGGUGUAUGAAGCUAAGCAUCUGUUUUCAAACUUUUCGGGCCAGAUCGCGCUGCCUAACAGCACGUCCGAUAAGCACAUCUACCUGAUACGAGAUGACCACGGGAAGGUGUUUCACGUUAAGAAGAGUAGUGUAGUGUGGAUGCUUACUGCGUCUAAGGUUCAGGAAAAAGCUCGUAUGAUACGUUACAAACAGCCCAUGCCUAACUAGGGCAAGCUAGGUUGAUUAGGUUCAUAAGUAAUACAUAUUAUAUCAUGUCCGUACUCUUGGAGUGUUCUUUACUAUCCAUGAUGACACUCUGACUAUGCAACCACUAAGGUGGUUGAAUAGCCAGGGGGAGUGUUAUAACCGGGUGUUUGUAGUUGCCUAUGUACUGGUCUCUCAAACAUCCGGUUUAUACUCUUUAUACAAUGUUGCCCCUAAAUGUAUGCAACCCAUGAAAUGCACAAAAGUUUCAAAAUUCGUCUAAGUCCCGGAAAUGGGAAAGUGUUCAUUCCUGUGAUGGCACCACUGAGCUGAGGUGAGAUGAGUACCCACAGUUGUCUGGGUUGGGUUAGUUUGAGGCGAAGUUCGCCUACUUGGAGGUGAAACUUGCCUAUAAGGAGGUAUAGUUUGCCUAUACGGAGGCAAGGUCUGCCUAUAUGGUAAAGUUCUCUACCUACACAGGUACCAUUUAUUUUUAGUAUAUAAAGCCGCCUCAGCAUCAGUAAACAAAUCAUUCUACAAGAUGGCCAGCGGUAGUGAGGACGGUUCGAUGUCAAGCGGCAGUGAGGAAGGUUCGAUGUCAAGCGGCAGUGAGGAAGGUUCGAGUCUUGAAGUCAUCACUCGGCCAACUACUCUUCAGGCGAGGGUAUUCCGUGCCAUCAACCGUGGACGCGGUUCACCAAUUGUGCGUCAGCGCGGGUCACCACCUGUGCCUCAACGUGAGUCGCCGCCUGAGCCUCAACGCGAGUCACCGCCUGUGCCG